ACAAAGACUAAUUUGUCAAAAGUUGCAAACCUAACUCUUUUAGAAAAAGGCCGCAUUUUUUUUGGUAUUUUCUUCUUUUGAUUAAAAAUAAAAAACAAAAAAACUUUUUUUUCAGGAUUUUUGAAGGUGAAAUUAGGGUUGGUUUGGUGGGUCUGUUAAAGGGUUUGUGAAGAAGCCAAUGCAGGUUGUUGAAUCGAUUCUUGAAGCUUUAAAUGAUGUCGUGGGCUGGCCCCGAUGAUAUUUUCCUCUCCACUUCACUUGCUACCUAUCUUGACAAAAAACUUCUGGUAUUAUUGCGAGAUGGCCGAAAACUCAUGGGGAUUCUUAGGUCUUUUGAUCAAUUUGCUAAUGUUGUUCUUGAAAGUGCGUGUGAUCGAGUUAUAGUUGGAGAUCUUUAUUGCGACAUUCCCCUAGGUCUAUAUGUUAUCCGUGGAGAGAAUGUUGUCUUGAUUGGAGAACUGGACUCGGAGAAGGAGGAGCUUCCGUCCCAUAUGACAUGCGUUUCAGAAUUAGUGAUCAAAAGGGCUCAGAAGGCGGAGAGAGAAGCGUCAGAUUUGAAGGGCUCUAUGAGAAAAAGAAUGGAGUUUCUUGAUUUUGAUUAACUGAUGCGAUUCUUCUGCUUCAAGAGUUUCAUUCUGUGCUGCAAAUAUUAGAGCGGCAUUGAUCCAGAGAUGGGAGAAUUUGUCUGAGCAUAUCAGAUUCUCGCAUUCUAAGUGUGGGUGGAGGAGGAAGCUAUAUAAACAGAACUUUUGAACAUCAUUUGCUAAUGUUGGGAGAGGAAAUUUCGGGUCUAUCUGAUGCAAUGAUGCCGACUUACCUGUCUCUCUGUGGCAUGCAAAAGUAUGUUUUAUAUGCAGUUCUCAGAGCUAGGUAAUUUUGUUUUAGUUCAAGAUUUGGGAUUUUUCCUCUUAUCAACACCAAAAGAAAACUAUGUUCGGUUGGUGCAUGUUUACCCUUUCCCUCCAAACACAUAACUCUGGAAUUACUUUGGUUAUAGUCGUUGGUGCUACAUUCUGUUACAGUUACAGUGCCCCCAAUUCAUGUAUACUGUCUUUGUGCUCAUCUAAAUUUUAUUUUUGAGCAUAAGUUUGUUCUAGAAAUGUUUUCCUUUUCUCUUGA